ACGCUCUGCUGCUUGGAACUUCAAUCACAGUCUAGAGAGAGAAAGAGAGAGUGGGGCAGGGAAGAAGCCAGCUAGAGAGAGAGAGAAAGAGAGAGAGAGAGCAAGUUGGUUUUGUUUCACACUAUUUUAAGCUUUUUCUGGGACCAUGAAAUCCUUGUGCCUCAAAACUCAAGUGGGUCAUUUUUGUUGAGGUACUACUCCCACUUGUGUUCGUCUUUGCUGUCUCUGCCUUCAACUUUUUUUUUUUUUCCCUUCCAAACUUCCCAAUUACCCUCCUUUCUUUAUUAAUUAAAUGUUCAUUAUUAUUCCCUAUCUUGAUACAACGAUCAAUCUAUCUUCUCUCCCUUCACGCAAUCCCACACAUCCACUUCAUUGCAUGUGUACUGAUUUGUUGUUCUAUCAAUCUGUUUAUUCAACGAGGUAAUAAACAGGUUAUCUUUUUGUUGAUGUAGUUGUAUACACACACACACAUAUAUAUGUUCUUUCUUUGAAUAUUGUUCUUGUAUUACAUUCAAGAUUGGAUCUUUGCUCUGCUGUAAUAAGAAGGGUGUCUUCUUUUGAUUUGGGCAUCUGGGUAAUGGUUGUUUUGAUUUGUGAUUCUUGGAUUUGAUGAGUUUCUUUGGAGUUCUCUGUGGGGUGGAAGGGCUGUUGACCAAAAGGGUUUUUGGGGUUUGCUUGAACUCUGCAGUUGUUGUUGUUGUAGUGAUUUUGUGAUUCAGAUUUUCAUGCUUGGGCCAAGACAAUGGAGAGGUUUAUGGCCAGAUUUUUUCUUCUUUAGCAGUGAAUGCUAUAGAUUAGUGAAAGUAAUAUGAAGAAUCUUCUAAAGAAACUUCAUAUCAUGUCCAAUCAAUCUGAAGACUCAGAAGGGUCUCCUUCUUCAUCAAAGGGCAAUAGGUUGAGUGAUGGUGCAUCCCCUGACAGAGUUUCUCAUUCUAGGUCUCAUCACAAUUCCGAGCAUAAACCCUUUUCGGCACUCUCAGGAUGGUUGAAUUCGGUUACGAAUAGACAUAGUCCUAUUCUUCCAUCAUCUACAAAUGUGGUGGGGGAAGAGAGACUGGAACAGCAGGAUUCUGUGAGCAGUAGUGCUCUGGAUGCAGCCUUGGAUGCAGCCAGGCGUGAUUCGGGGUCUAGCAACUCAAGGGAUCCCGAAAUAGAGGAGGAAUAUCAAAUACAAUUGGCUUUGGAGUUGAGUGCAAGGGAAGACCCUGAAGCAGUUCAGAUUGAAGCAGUUAAGCAGAUCAGUUUGGGCUCCUGUCCUCCUGAGAAUACUCCGGCGGAAGUAGUUGCAUAUCGAUACUGGAAUUACAAUGCUCUUAGCUAUGAUGACAAGAUCUUGGAUGGUUUUUAUGACCUAUAUGGCAUCAUGAUGGAAUCGACUUCUUCAAAGAUGCCUUCACUUGUUGAUCUGCAAGGAACACCUGUAUCGAACAAUAUUAGUUGGGAAGCAAUUCUUGUAAAUAGAGCUUCUGAUGCAAACCUGUUAAAACUCGAACAGGAGGCCCUUCGGAUGGCUGUCAAGUCAAGGUCAGAAUCUCUAUAUUUUGUAGGUAGUGAUUUAGUGCAGAAGCUUGCUGCUUUAGUUUCUGACAACAUGGGGGGACCAGUUGGGGAUCCAUACAGCAUGCUGAAAGAAUGGACAGAUCUUAGUUAUAGUUUGAAGACAACUCGUGGAAGCAUGGUUUUGCCUCUUGGUUCUUUGACAAUUGGAUUGCCCCGUCAUCGUGCAUUAUUGUUCAAGGUUUUGGCUGAUAGUGUGAACAUCCCUUGCCGACUAGUGAAAGGACACCAGUACACGGGUUCUAAUGAUGUGGCUAUGAACUUUGUAAAGCUUGAUGAUGGAAGGGAGUAUAUCAUUGAUCUUAUGGCGGACCCUGGCACACUUAUUCCAUCUGAUGCAACAGGCUCCCAUAUAGAUUAUGAAGAGUCUUUCUUUUCCACUAGUCCUUUGUCUAGAGAUGUUGAAUCCUCUCAUAUGGCCUCCUCUAGUAGUGGGGUCGCAAGUUCAUUUGAAGAACAUCCAGAAUUCGGGCCAUUAGACAAAAAAUCCAGAUUUAGAAAUCUUACUGACGCAGAAAAUAGAUCUCAUGACAAAGGUGAGAUUGUGCCAUCUGCAAAUUUAAUGAGGCCAAUUCAAGUUGAGGAAGGAUCAAGGACGUCCUCAAAUGAUCUCAGAAAUCCAUGCAAUUUGAAAAGUGAGCUGGUUCAGGAAAUUCCCAGCAGGCCAAAUCCUCCUUUCACGCAUGCAAGAUCUCCUUCCUGGACUGAGGGCGUUAGCUAUCCAGCUGUACGCAGAAUGAAAGUAAAGGAUGUUUCACAGUACAUGAUUGAUGCUGCCAAAGAAAAUCCCCAGUUGGCUCAGAAACUUCAUGAUGUAUUGCUUGAAAGUGGUGUUGUUGCUCCUCCAAACUUGUUUACUGAAAUUUAUUCGGAGCAGUUUGACGUGUCGGCUGCUGAGGCCAAAUCCCCAACUGAAGAUAAGGAGGAAAGUACAAAGAGGUGUGACACCCAAAAAACUAAGGGUCAUGAUGAUCUUAUUCGAGCUCGAUUUUUGCCUCAUUUGCCUUAUCAUGGUGUGCAUUCUAAAGGAUUUCCUUGUGGACAACUGGAGCAUCCACUAGAUUUAAGGGAAGAAACGGGACUGCCUGUUUCGUCUGAGUCUGAAGUGAAUCCAAUCAAAUGUGUCAAAAACGUUCCUGUUGCUGCUGCAGCAGCUGCAGCUGCAGCUGUUGUUGCAUCUUCAAUGGUAGUUGCUGCGGCAAAAACGAGCACUGAUUCAAACCUUGAACUUCCUGUAGCAGCUGCAGCCACUGCUACAGCUGCAGCUGUGGUAGCAACAACUGCAGCUGUCAGUAAGCAAUAUGAGCACUUCGAGAAUUCUGUUCAUUCGUCAAGUGGUGCUGCUGCGUUACAUAACCCCAUUUACUGCAGACGAAGUGAUGGAGAUGGAGAUGUAGUUUAUGAGGCACGAGGUAGUGGUGACCGGGAGCAUGAUGCUUUGGGGGCAAAUUUGGAGGGUGAGAGAAUAUCAGAUAGAUCAACUGGUAAUGAUAGUACAAAAUCUGACGUGGCUCUGGAUGAUGUGGCAGAGUGCGAGAUUCCAUGGGAGGAUAUUGCCUUGGGAUCAUAUGGCGAGGUAUAUCGUGGAGACUGGCAUGGAACUGAGGUUGCUGUUAAGAAGUUCCUAGACCAAGCUGUAACUGGUGAAAGGCUCGAAGAAUUCAAAAGCGAGGUUCGGAUCAUGAAAAGGAUCAGGCACCCCAAUGUUGUUCUCUUCUUGGGAGCUAUUACUCGUGCUCCAAAUCUUUCAAUUGUUACCGAAUUUCUUCCUAGAGGUAGUUUGUAUAGGUUAAUUCACCGGCCUAACAAUCAAUUAGAUGAGCGGAGGAGAUUGCGGAUGGCGCUUGAUGCUGCUCGGGGAAUGAAUUAUUUGCACAACUGCACACCAGUAAUAGUUCACCGUGAUUUGAAGUCUCCAAAUCUUCUUGUUGAUAAGAAUUGGGUUGUGAAGGUCUGCGAUUUUGGCUUAUCACGGAUGAAACACAGCACAUUUCUUUCUUCAAGGUCUACUGCAGGGACGGCAGAGUGGAUGGCUCCAGAAGUGCUAAGAAAUGAACCUUCAAACGAAAAGUGUGAUGUCUUUAGUUUUGGAGUCAUAUUAUGGGAGCUUUGUACUUUGCAACAGCCAUGGGGAGGAAUGAACCCAAUGCAAGUUGUUGGUGCUGUCGGAUUUCAGCACCGCCGUCUUGACAUUCCAGAUGAUAUGCAUCCUUCUAUUGCAGAUAUUAUUAUGAAAUGCUGGCAAACAGAUCCAAAAUUGCGGCCUUCAUUUGCUGAGAUCAUGGCAGCUCUGAAGCCACUACAAAAGCCUAUAACCAGUUCACAAGUGCCUAGAGCCACUGUGUCAUUAAGCAGUGGCCAGGGGAGGGGUCAACCGUCGAGAGCUUUGGAAGAACCAGAAGGUCAAAAAAGUCAUUGACGAAGAAGCCAACUGAAUAACCCAUUGGAUUGCCCAAAAAUGGAGGCAAACUCGGGAUUACACGGGACAAAGGAGAAAGAGAUUUUUAAUGACUCUGACCAACAUAUACUUGGGAUAUGAGAUGAUUGUGAUUCUUUUACCAGGUUUCCUUUUCCCUUCUUUGUAUUCUUGGAUAGGUUGUGCAGCCAUCCGCAAAGUUGUGUAUUAUUUUUUUCUUUUUUUUUUUUUUUGGUAAAAUUCAUCUGGAUUUGUUGUAAUUGAGUUUUGAAGUUUUUGUUUUUAUGUUUUUAUUGAACUUUGUUUCAGGUGAGUGUAAAUUAGAGAGAUGAUAGAAGUGCCUAAUUCAAAAUCAAAGGAGAAGGGAAUUGAAUGUA